UCAAAAUAACACUGAGAAGCCAUUAUUUCAGUUCAGAUUCAUUCCCUCAACAUUUGUUGUUACUUUUACUACAUUUACUAUCUCUCUAAAUGAUGUCUUUGAUCUCUUCUCUUUCAGUUGUUCAAACCCAUGUUAACAUCAGAUCCUGAUUUGUUGCUCUAUUUAUUUUACGCUCGAGACUAAUUUACUUUACACUAUUACUACAUAUGCUAUUCACUUCCCCUUCACUUGUUUACAUCGCAAACCUUCUCUCUCAAUACUACAGAAGAUAACAUUGCAGAAGGCGUAAACCAAGCAUGGCAACAGUGACGGCCUCUUCUUAUGCGGUGUCAGGAAGCGCGUGUCACAGCCACCGUGGCGCGUCGAGAAGAGAGGCCAAAGUGAAUUCUUUGGCUCAGGUAAGUCUCAAUUAUGAUGGGUUGAGAUCCCUGAACAAGCUGCACGUGCGAACCACGCGUGCGGCCAAAACCAAAACCUUGUUGUCUGCGAAAAGUAACAAGAGUGGACAUGACGGAGUUUUGGGGAGGAUUAAAUGUGGGAUGAACAUGAUCUUCGUGGGGACUGAGGUGGCACCUUGGAGCAAAACCGGGGGACUUGGUGAUGUUCUUGGAGGACUUCCACCAGCGUUGGCUGGAAACGGACACCGUGUUAUGACAGUGUCACCACGUUACGACCAAUACAAGGAUGCAUGGGACACUAGUGUGACGGUGGAGGUCAAAAUUGGAGAUAGAAUAGAAACUGUCCGUUUCUUUCACUGCUACAAGCGUGGAGUGGAUCGUGUUUUUGUGGACCACCCGUGUUUCCUUGAGAAGGUAUGGGGCAAGACUAGGUCAAAACUCUAUGGCCCUAGUGCUGGAGUAGAUUAUGAAGACAACCAACUUAGGUUCAGCUUGUUAUGCCAGGCAGCACUUGAGGCACCAAGGGUUUUGAAUUUAAACAGCAACAAAUAUUUCUCUGGACCAUAUGGCGACGAUGUAAUCUUUAUUGCCAAUGAUUGGCACACUGCCCUUCUUCCAUGCUACUUGAAAUCAAUGUACCAGACCAGGGGGAUUUACAAAAACGCAAAGGUUGCAUUUUGUCUUCAUAACAUAGCCUACCAGGGUAGGCAUGCCUUUGCAGACUUCUCUCUUCUCAAUUUACCUCGCGAAUUCAAGGGUUCUUUUGACUUCACUGAUGGGCAUGUUAAGCCUGUGAAGGGAAGGAAACUUAACUGGAUGAAGGCUGCAAUAUUAGAAUCGGACCGAGUACUCACUGUAAGUCCAUAUUAUGCCCAGGAACUUGUUUCCGGAGAGGAAAGAGGUGUAGAAUUGAACAAUAUAAUUCGUUCAUGUGGCAUCACUGGUAUCGUGAAUGGUAUGGAUAAUAGGGAGUGGAGUCCAAAAACUGAUAAAUUCAUUGAUCUACACUACGAUGCAACAACUGUCACCGAAGCAAAAUUACUGCUGAAAGAGGCACUUCAAGCAGAGGUUGGCUUGCCUGUUGACAGGAAUAUCCCUCUGAUAGGCUUCAUUGGUAGGCUUGAAGAGCAGAAAGGUUCUGAUAUUCUUGUGGAAGCUAUCCCAAUGUUCAUUGACCAGAAUGUUCAGAUUAUGAUUCUUGGAACUGGCAAAAAGGUCAUGGAGAAGCAAAUAGAGCAACUAGAGGAAAUUUAUCCUGACAAGGUUAGAGGGGUAGCAAAAUUCAACGGUCCCUUGGCUCACAAGAUUAUUGCUGGAGCUGACUUUAUAGUGAUCCCAAGUAGAUUUGAACCCUGUGGUCUAGUUCAGUUGCAUGCCAUGCCAUAUGGAACGGUGCCCAUUGUUUCCUCCACUGGUGGACUCGUUGACACCGUUCAAGAAGGGUAUACUGGAUUCCACAUGGGAGCAUUCAACGUAGAAUGUGAAGCUGUUGAUCCAGUUGAUGUGGAAAAGUUAGCAACUACUGUAAAGAGAGCCCUUGGAACCUAUGGUACCCCAGCCAUGACACAAAUGAUCCAGAACUGCAUGGCCCAAGACUUUUCAUGGAAGGGACCAGCCAAACAAUGGGAAAAGGUGCUGUUGAGCCUAGAGGUUGCAGGCAGUGUGCCUGGAAUUGAUGGUGAUGAGAUUGCUCCUCUUGCAAAGGAAAACGUCGCCACUCCUUGAGCAUAACCAUCGAUAACCUGAUUAUGAAUAUGGUCAUCAUGGUCAAGAACGUCAUCUAAUACUUGCCAGCAUCUGAUUAUAGACAUAGCCACCUACACAUAGUUGGAUCAACAAUUUCUAACGAAGGAAUGGAACUUUAAUUUCAAGCAAAGCAUAAAGCUAACAAACAUGGAGGUUUUUACUAUGCAAGGUCUUGCAAUCCGUGAAAUUUGAAGCAUCUUAGUGGUAAAAUGCAGCAUAAGUGGCCUUUCAAAAAAAAAAAAUGCAGCAUAAGUGAAUAAAUGUCAAUCCAAAUGUAUGCUUCCAAAUCAUAGGAAGGAGCAUGCAUGGCAUUUUUUUUUUCUUAUCUUAUUGGCAUUAGUCUCACUCUUUAUGUACUCUGGAAAAAGUUUAAAGAUAUACACCAUUUCGUGAGUUCAGACUAGUGCAAAUCAAAUAGUUGUAUGCAAACAUCAUCGAGAUUUGACAUAUAUAUAUGGAUGUUGAUUU